UUUACCGUGUUUAAAGACCACGUAGGUAAGAGAACUGUUUGCAACGCUAGUCGGCAAUGGCACACGUCACUAGAGCUGUCUUCUUGCUUGCCAUUAUCAUACCCUGCACAGCGUACGAGAUGUACGCCCUCAAUGGAGGCCCUUGGGGAACUUGGACCGCCAAGAAAUCAUGCCCUGGGCUGAAAGUUAAAGGGUUUCAGUUGAGGGUAGAGGGCAGGCAAGGGCUAGGCGAUGAUUCAGCCUUGAAUGCGAUCGCUCUAAUCUGCGAGAAGCACGCACAUCUCUUUCCACAUGGAGGAAUCUGGGGCUCGUGGGGGUUGGCAGUGUUUUGUAGUGCCGACAGUUACGUUAUUGGGUUCCGCUUGAAGGUAGAGGGACAUCAGGGCAUCUUCGAUGAUUCGGCAGCUAACGAUCUAGAGUUGAAGUGUAGCGACGGUGCAGUACUCAGCUCCGGUAACGGUGGCCCAUGGGGGUCCUGGUCGGCGUGGAGACUGUGUAAUAAAGGUUACUUCGUCUGCGGUCUAAGAGUCAAAUUUCAGGAGAAUGUAAGAGGCGACGACGACACUGCAUUAAACAGUGUGGCCUUCGAAUGCUGUACCUAGAAAACGUGCCAUUGGCCAAGGGCUCUUUACCAAUUAAUGCGCGCUAACAAUAUCCUGAUGAUUGGAAUUCGAAUUCUUCGGUUUUAUCUUUAAUCUUGUCAAGUUGUUUUCUGUCACUAUUUAAUCAAGGUUAAGCAUUUGCAUCAAGAUAUAUAGGUAGAAAAGAUUAUUAUCAUCGCCUACUUUACCCCAACGUCAACAGGCCCGUAGCCAGGGGGG